CGGCAAGUUGAAUGAACGACCGACCGCGGACCGACCGGCAGUGGUGCGGCCGUGGCGGACGCGUGCGGUAGUGUAUCGAUUGGGACCGUCGUUUGAGAGUUUUCAUUUUGUACCGUUUUGAAAAUUAUCACACCCCCGUCAAUCGUAUACAGUAUUAUGGCGGUAUUCGUGUGCGAGAGCGUAAUAAUUUUCGUACGAGAUUAAAUGUUAACAGGUUUAAUUUUGACGUAUUGUAAUUUAUAAUAUUAUCUAUAUAAUAUACCUAUAUCGUAUACGGCCGACGAGUAUAGUAACCCUUCGUCAACGUGCGGGGAUCUGGCGAGAGAAUCAAUCUGAUGCCGAUAUAAUAAUAUAAUAUUACAUCGGCACGCCGGUGUUGUUGACAAGUGUUAUAUCAGACAUAAAUGACUGUUGGGUGGCGUAUGAUAACAUGCUAACGGCCCGAAUAUUCGUCGAGCCUAUGCCGUUCAAAUUGCUGGUUGUCCGAUGGUUCCUUUUGGCCAUUAGCGUGCAAACCGUUUUUUCAAGACCCAUUCAAGAAUCCAACAAUACAAGUCGACGGGCCCGAUCAACGCCAAUCUACGAGGAUGUGCAAGGGUAUUUGAUGAAGUUCGGUUACUUGCCAGAAUCGGAUCUAGAAACGGGCAAUAACUUGAGGGAUGGAAGUCAACUACACGAUGCUCUGCGAACAUUGCAGACGUUUGGAAAUAUUCCUAUCACCGGUCAAUGGGACGAGGCCACUAAACAGUUGAUGAAGAAACCUAGAUGCGGCGUUUCCGAUAUUUCACAGACAGCGGGCCAGCAGCGGACCAAACGCUACACCCUGCAAGGUCAAAAAUGGCAUCACGUCAACCUGACGUGGAGUUUGCGGACAAGGCGCUUGGAUAAAGUAGAUCACGGAUGGGUGAGGUCGGACUUGAACAAAGCAUUUCAAGUGUGGGCCAAAUAUUCCAAACUCACGUUUCGGGAAGUUAACAGCGAAUCUGCAGACAUUCUGGUGUUUUUCGAAAAAGGUUACCACGGCGACGGAUAUCCGUUCGAUGGGCCGGGUCAAGUGUUAGCUCACGCAUUUUUCCCGGGCACCGGACGAGGAGGAGACGCUCAUUUUGACGAGGAAGAAGAAUGGCUGGUGGCCGACAAGACAAGCAAAGACGGAACCAGUUUGUUCAGGGUGGCCGUGCAUGAAUUCGGCCACUCCCUCGGUCUUUCGCACUCAUCGGCACAAGACGCAUUGAUGUUCCCAUGGUAUCAGGAUCUGCAAUCCAACUUUGAACUUCCCAACGACGACCGGAUUGGUAUACAGAUACUUUACGGUGCAAAAAAUGACAAGAUCUGGGGUGACAUACCGGUGUACAGACCGACUUCGCAGAAACCGGAUCCAUCGACUACCGUUCCAACAAUAUCUAGUACACCCAGAACAGUGGUUACCAAGUUAACGACCAGUAUCACCUCUCCCGUUACCCCAGUAGCAUACACUACCAGCAGACCAAUGCCGCCGAGACGACCGCCCGUAGCAGUGGUCGUCGACGACAAACCGGACUUUUGCAACACAUCUUUCGAUGCAGUGUCAAUCAUACGGAAGGAUACGUUCUUCUUCAAGGGCAAAUACACGUGGAGACUAGGCCCCAAGGGAGUUUACGCCGGAUAUCCGGCUCUAAUUUCACGGCUGUGGUACAAUCUGCCAGAAGACAUGAACCAGGUGGACGCGGUGUACGAAAGGCAAGACGGCAAGAUUGUGUUUUUCAUAGGUCGUCAAUAUUACCUGUUUGACGGCAACAACCCUCUUCGAGGAUACCCGAAGCCGUUGACGACGCUCGGACUGCCCGAAGAGCUGGACCGUGUGGACGCGGCCAUUGUCUGGGGCCACAACAGCAAAACGUACAUAUUCAGCGGCACCAUGUACUGGAGGUGCGACGAUGAAACUGGUCAGAUGGAGUUGGACUACCCGCGGGACAUAUCGUCUGUAUGGCGGGGCGCGGGAUACAACAUCGACGCGGCGUUCCAAUGGCACGACGGUGCAACGUACUUCUUCAAGAAUCGUGAUUUCUGGAAGUUCAACGAUCUCAGGAUGCGCGUCGAACAGGAGGAGCCCAGGUCGAUCGGCGAGUUCUGGUUCAACUGCACUGCGACUGACGGUGUCGGCGGGGGAAACGGCGACCGGUGGCCCGCCACCAAGAACAAAGGCCGGACGACUGGUCAGAAGGGCGCUGCGGGCCGCGGUGGCCGAUUUCGGACCGCCGACGACGGCCCGUCUGGCAGCGGCGAGGUCAACUCUUCGGGGUCCACCGAUCACACGCCGCUUCCGACCGUGGCGUGGUCGGUGACGAUGGCGUCGAUCGCGGCAAUCGUCCGGUGGGCACGAUGAACGUCCCCACGAAAAACCAUACGUGUUCGUCAUAUGUGUAUAUAAUAUGAUAAUAUUGUAAUAUUUAUUGUGAUGUAUAAUAAUAGCAUGAGGCGUCCGCCAAAGUCCUAUGGUCGUCGAGUGUGACGAUUUAGGGAUAGCGAAAAUCGCUGUUGUAUCAAGUUAUUCAAUCAAAUAAUAAUAUAAUGUAACUGAUGUAUUAUACAAUGUGAUGCGAUACUAUCGCAUUGUCGAUUUGGGCCUGUCGGAUAUACGAUCCGGGUGAAAAAUAAUGAACAAUUCGAUUUAAUUAGACUGGCAAUUGGCAAACCCGCAGUUUCAAAUUUUGGACGUAAGUCUCGUGGUCCCGUAAACAAUUUGAGUGAUUUAAUAUAAUAUACAUCGAUAGUCCGAUACCCAUAACAAUAUUCGUAAUCCCGCUGACGAUUUUAUUAUAUUUUAAAGUUUUAUAACCACAAAUGCAUAUAAAUAUUAAUAAAUUUUUAAGAUUUAAAUAGUCAUACAACACCUUUUGAAGCAUUAUUCUCAUACAGCGUAUAUCUCCGAAUAUUGUGCAAUUUUUUUCUGUGCUCACUCCAAAAAAUUCAAGCAUUCUUGUCAUUUGUCCCCGUCGCACUUUUUUCGAAUACACGUCGGUAUAAUGUAUUAUAUUGUACAGCGUAAUUUACCAAGCAUGCUCACCCCAUUUUAUAUUUUUAAAUUCUUGAAAUUGUUUGUAUUAUAAUUUAUUAAGGAGUGUACAAACUGUGGUGAAACUUCUGUUUUUCAAAUGAGAAUCCUCAUUAUUUACUGUAAAAUUUAGGUUUUGAUAACUUUUUUUUAAGACAGAUAGUUAAUUAGUAUUUACUAAAAUUUUUAAUUCCAAUAUAUUAUAUAUUUCCAUAUAUUCCAAGC